UCUAUUUUUUAUUUUUAUGGAGGCAGUUUUCCAUAAAUUAUUGUCUAAACAAAAAUCAAAAUCAGGAAACACAUAUUAGCCUUGCCGUCAGCAGUAUUCUAGAAGCAUCUAAUAAAAUUUCAAUGUUACAAUUAGAUCUCUUAUUCUUGUAGGCAAUUCGGAAUUGUACCUGCCUCUAUCCCCCCUUUAGGGUAGGGCGAAGUACACAAGCAACAAAACGCAAAUGAUACUUAGUGCUUAGAUUCCAUUUGUCAGGAUGGGUAGAAAAACAAAUUAUAUGGAAACAUAGGGUUAGUUUUUUCAACACGUGUAUGAUAAAAGAUAAUGGAAAAAGUUGGAGAAUGAAAAAUAAGUAUAAAUCUUCUGUAUUUGGUUGAGAAGAAUAAUUAGAGGAAAGUCACUAUACUAUUUAGUAGUGAUAGUGCUUAACAGUUGACUACGAUUACAUUACAUUUCAUGCAAGUGUAAGACAAGGGAAAUGGAGUAGGACUCGUAUAUAGACUGAGCAACUUUGCAGAGCAUCUCAAGCAAGUUACUUCCUUCCAUACAAUUUCAAGCUAGUCACCCAAAGUUGAGAUUCUUCGGUCUUUAUGAGCCAUUAGUGGGCUUGCCUUUUGCUUUAAGCCUCUGUAAAAUCACAAAAAAAGAAAAAAAGUGCUUUACAUGAACAAUUGUAUCUGGUGUACUGUUGCCUUUGGUGCUUUUAUGGAACCUUUCAGAAAGCCCUUGAAACCAAGCUUUUCUUCUGCUAAACAAUAACAGCACCACCAUUUCCGCAAAGAAUAACUAGAAAGAAACUACUAUCAGAUGGCUCGAAGUCAUAGAGAAGAGGAAGUAGUAAUCAAGCUUGAUGAUAUUAAUGAAAAUAGCAAAAAGAUUAACGGAAGUCCAAGCAGCAAUAACUUUCAGGGAAGAAGUGAAUCUGUACGACGAAGAAAUAAAGAGUUGUAUGACCAAGAAAACCACCAAGGGUACUUGAAUUCAGGUGGAGCAGAGGUUGUAAAGUGUAGUUCAAAUGUUUCAUUUCAGCGAGGCUCGUGGAAGCCAGUGAUGAGCAUCACCAAGUCUAGGCUGAUAGACCCGCCAGAGGAACCAUGUCAAAGUUCAGUAAACUCUGGAAGGAUGCCUGAGAAAGAUCAAGAUUAUGAGGACGACGAUGAUACUGAAGACAUCCCUCAAGAAUAUAAGAGAAUAAAAUUCAGCACACUGACAAUGCUUCAAUUUGUGAGUCUUAUUUUGAUUAUUGCAGCCUUAGUUUGUAGCCUUUGGUUCCCAUUUAUAAAGAGGCACAUAGUGUGUGAUCUUCCAUUAUGGAAGUGGGAAAUAAUGGUUUUAGCAUUAAUCUGUGGACGUUUAGUCUCAGGUUGGGGAAUUCGAUUGGUUGUGUUCUAUAUAGAACGCAAUUUUCUUUUGCGAAAACGGGUAUUAUAUUUUGUUUAUGGGCUAAGGAGAUCUGUUCAGAAUUGCCUCUGGUUGGGUUUGGUCUUGCUUGUAUGGCAUAGUAUUUUCCAUGAAAAGGUUACAAGGAAGACAAAGAGCAAGAUUUUGCCUUAUUUAAAUAAGGUUCUUGUUUGUUUUCUUGUGGGUACCGUAAUAUGGCUCCUGAAAACUCUGCUUGUUAAGGUCCUGGCUUCGAAAUUUCAUGUAAACACAUUCUUUCAACGAAUCCAGGAGGCUUUGUUUAAUCAGUAUGUGAUCAAAACGCUCUCUAGUCCACCAUUGUUUAAAUGGUAUGACACGCAAGAAGAGGAAGCUAUGGCUGAGAUUCAAGAGUUAGAGAAAGCCAAGGUUACUUUGCCUGGUGACCCUGGGGAAACUCUGCCUUCCAGGAGUAGGAGAAUGAUAGGAAAUGGUAGACUAGAAAAAAGUCCCAAGGUUGGGAAGAAUUCUAGAUUUUUGAGGAAAAGGUUUAAAAGGGAAGAUGAGGAGAUCUCUAUUGAUCAACUACAUAAGCUGAAUCAGAAGAAUAUAUCAGCUUGGAAUAUGAGGAGGUUGGUUAAUAUUAUCCAACAUGGGGAUUUAUCCACUCUGGAUGAGCAGUUACUGGAGUCAAAAACUGAGGAUGAAGCUUUGCUGCAAAUUAGAAGUGAAUGCCAGGCAAAAGAGGCAGCCAAGAGGAUAUUUCAGAAUGUGGCAAAGCCAGGGUCGGAAUACAUUUACCUCGAGGAUGUGAUGCACUUUAUGAGUAAAGAGGAAGCUUUGAAGACAAUGCAUCUGUUUGGAGUAGCAGCUGAGAAUAAGGGAUUCAGCAAGUCCUUCUUUAAGGACUGGGUGGUUAAAACAUUUAGAGAGAGAAGGGCACUAGCAUUGUCUCUCACUGAUACAAAUACUGCUGUGGACGAACUCCAUACUUUGUUGAACAUUCUUGUAGCUAUCAUUACAUUGAUAAUAUGGCUGAUUAUACUUGGAGUUCCAAUUAUCCACUUCCUCGUCUUUAUAAGUUCACAGCUUCUUUUGGUGGUGUUUAUGUUUGGGAAUACCUGCAGAACAGUAUUUGAAGCAAUCAUCUUCUUAUUUGUAAUGCACCCAUUUGAUGUUGGUGAUCGUUGUGAAGUGGACGGAGUCCAGAUGGUAGUCGACGAGAUGAACAUACUAACUACAGUUUUUUUGAGAUUUGAUAACCAAAAGAUCAUAUACCCUAACAGUAUUCUAGCUACUAAGCCCAUUAGUAACUAUAAUCGUAGUCCAGACAUGGGAGAUGCAAUUGAUUUCUGUAUUAACAUCUCCACCCCAAUGGAAAAGGUCACCAGCAUGAAAGAAAGAAUAACAAGGUAUAUUGAAAUCAAGAAUGAGCACUGGCAGCCAGGCCCAAUGGUGAUAAUGAGGGACGUUAUAGACAUGAACAAACUGAUGAUGUCAGUGUGGCUUACACACAAAAUGAACUAUCAGGACAUAAAGGAGAGAUGGAUUAGGAGAGAGCUCCUGCUUGAAGAGAUGAUCAAAGUUUUCAAGGAGCUCGAUAUUGAAUACCGCCUACUGCCUCUUGAUGUGAAUGUCCGGAACUUGCCCCCUCUGGUAUCAGACAGGCUCCCUUCAACUUGGAAAACUUUUGCUAGCUAAUUCUGUAGGACAAAUAUAGUGAGGCCGACUCCUAGAAUGAGCAUUGGCACCCAGCACCAAUUCCUUUUCGGCCUAUGAAGGAAUUGGCAAGGGUUCCCCAUAAGAAUUGUUGGAUUUGGGAAAGGAUUUAUGGUGACUCAAGAUAAACUCUUAUCUCCCUGAUAAAAUAGUAAUGAAAUACAUUUCAAGUUUGUUGCA